AUGACAGACCUGUUCAAGUCGACCACGAUCGAUAGUGCUCCAGAAGCUGACAUCGAAUUCCCACAAUUCGUACGAUUUCCAGCUACGCAACCUCCCCACCCCCUUCAAGAGUUUAUAAACCAUUAUAAACUUGUUAAACACGCCGAAAAUGGAUAUUUUUGUGAAACCGAUAGAUCACCCUUCGUGUUGAAGUAUGGUAGCGAGCAGGAUCAAGAAGAGGCAAAGAAGCAGGCUAGCGUUAUGCCCACAAAUUCCUCGGAUCCGGAAUACAAAUCGGACCGCAAUUACUCGACCCUUAUUUACUACCUAUUGACGCCAGAUGCACCUGUGUCAAAGAUGAUCAUGAACACUAGUCGUAAUAUUCACAUUUUGCAGCGCGGAAAGGGACAAUAUGUUUUGAUAUACCCAGAUGGCACAGUCAAAAGUUUCAAAGUUGGAUUUGACUACUCAAAGGGCGAGGUAUCUCAAUGGGUUGUUCCUGGUGGUGUUUGGAAAGCCAGCUUUCUGCUUCCGAAUGAUGAAUUUGAUAAUGGCUUGCUAAUUAGCGAAGUAGUGGUUCCAGGCUUUGAAUAUACCGACUAUAAGCCUUUCCCGGGUUCUGAAGCACUUACAGAAUUGGUAGGAGAGCAACGGGCCCUCGAACUCAAGCCAUUAUUAUGA